AAAAUGGAUUAUUAUAAACCUAUUGAAUCACCCAUUUAUAAAGGAGUAAAAUUGUCUAAGAAUAUGACUUCUAAAACUAAAGAGGAAAUACAAGAAAUGAAAUCUAAACCCUACGCGAAAGUUGUUGGUAGUCUUAUGUAUACUAUGUUAUGCACUAAACCUGACCUUAGUUAUGUUGUUGAUUUGAUUAGUCAAUAUCAAAGUAAUCCAAGUAUACCUCAUUGGUUAGUUGUAAAACGUAUACUUAGAUACAUACAAGACACAUUAGAUUUUUCUUUAACAUAUCAAACUGAUGAUAUAUAUGUUAAUAGUUAUUGUGAUGCUGAUUUUGCUAGUGAUAUUGAUGAUAAAUCUACCACGAGUUAUAUAUUUUUUUUUGGUGGUGGUGUUAUUUCAUGGUCUAGUAAAAAAUAUUGCAUAGCUAAAAGUCCUAUGGAAGCUAAAUAUGUUGCUUAUAAUAUAGUUGUCUCUGAGGUCGUAUGGUUAAAAUAGUUUCUAACUGAUUUAAAGCUUGUCUGUGUAGAUAAUAUGUCUAUUCGUAUUUUUUGUGAUAAUGAGGCUGCGAUAAAAACCAUUAAAAAUUGAGAAAUCGGGCCCAAAAGUAAGCAUAUUGAGUUACAAUAUCAGUAUAUAAGUGAUAUAAUAGAAAAAGAACAUGUUACUAUUGAUUAUCUUUGUACAAAAGAUAUUGUUGCAGAUCCAUUGGCAAAACCUAUUGGAACCGAAGAAUUUAAACAACAUGUCGUUGUUAUAGGUUUAAGUUAUGAAUGAAUAUUUCGGACUUGUAGCUAAGUGGGAGAUGUUGUAAUAUGUGGCUAAAAUCCCUCGAUAUUAAUUAAACCACGGUUGGUGGUCCAAUUUGAAAUAUAUAAAAUCUCAAUCCGUUGGUUAAAUAUUGCAUUAUUCAUGACAUAUAUCAUAGAAACAUUUUUUGUCAAAUUAUUAUAUAUUAAAUAUUAUUUUAUAAUGAUGCAUGCAUGCAUACAUAUAUAUUACAUUGAUAUAAUUGGAUGUUUGAAUUGGAUCUUUUCUGGUCAGUAUGAG